AGCGGCAGUAGCUGCCGCGUCGGUAUCUCAGACUUUUGUGUUGGCAUGCAUUUGCACAACAGCUCAAUUAAACUACGGCAAUCUACGUAGGUAGCAGUUUUGUUGGUGGAUCUCGUCUCCUUCUUCAACGUGGCGAGCGCCACGAGCACAGUACUCCGGACAAGACCAAACUUGCCGGCCGGCCGGCCGCCUUAAUUUCACCUGCAACUGCAAGAUAAAUCAGUGACGAGGUGAGCAGCGAGCAAGCACAAGAAUCUAUCCACCUGAAGAUGAUGGACGACCCCAAGCCACGGAACCUCGGCGGCUCGCUGCCCGUGCCCAACGUGCAGGACCUCGCCGGCCGCCCCGAUGAGCUCGCGGUCACGCCGACUCUACUCCGCCGCUACGUGCGGGCUCAGCCCAACACGGUCGACCUGCGCCCCGACGCCCCUGCCGGCGAAGAACAGGAGCACGUCCCCGUCGUCGACCUUCGCCGGCUCCUCGGUCCGGACGAGGACGGCCUCGCCGGCGGGCGGGACGAGGAGGCCGCCAGGCUGCGGUCGGCCUGCGAGGACUGGGGGUUCUUCCAGGUGGUGAACCACGGGAUACCCGAGGAGACCCUGGAGGAGAUGAAGAGGAGCGUCAUGGGCUUCUUCGCGCUCCCGCUGGCGGAGAAGGCGGCCCUCGCGCAGGAGCCCGGCGAGAUCGAGGGGUACGGCCAGGCGUUCGUCGUCUCGGAGGAGCAGACGCUCGACUGGGCGGACAUGUUCUUCCUCCUCACGCAGCCGCCCAGCUACCGCGACCUCCGCCUCUGGCCGUCCAAACCUUCCACGUUCAAGAAUUGCUUGGAGAAGUACUGUACGGAGGUGCAAAGGGUGGCGGGCGAGCUGCUGGGAGCCAUGGCGGAGAACCUGGGCGUGAAGGACCACGCGAGCAUGACGAGGCUCGCCGCGGCGCAGGCAGUGAGGAUGAACUACUACCCGCCAUGCCCGGAGGCGCACGUGGACAGCGUGCUGGGCCUGUCGCCGCACUCGGACGCCGUCGGGCUGACGCUGCUGCUGCAGGUGAGCCAGGUCCCCGGGCUGCAGAUCAGGAGGAAAGGCGGCUGGGUCCCGGUCGCGCCGCUCCCCGGCGCCCUCGUCGUCAACGUCGGCGACGUGGUCGAGGUGUCGACCAACGGGAGGUACAGGAGCGUGGAGCACAGGGCGGUGGUCAACGCGCGCGAGGAGCGGAUGUCCAUCGCGACGUUCCACAGCGGGAAGUUCGGCACCAUGUACGGGCCGCUGGAGGAGGUGGUCGGAGACGAGGAGCCGCGGUACAGGAGUGUCAGCGUCGAGGAGUACGUGAAGCUCGUCGUCUCCAGCAAGCUCGACGGCAAGAACAUCAUGGACGCCAUGAAGAUCAGUUGAUAGCGAUACAUGAUCAUCAUUACUGUGGUGUCCACUGUCCAGUGAAGUCUGUGUUAAUGAUGGUUGAGUUGAGGCCUGAUUGACUCGUGCAACGCAGUAUUAAGGUGCAAAAAUGCUACGGACGUUUACAGGCUAA